CCAUCCACCUCGUCCUCCCCACGUUCAGCAUUGCCAUGUGUGAGGUAAUUUUAACCCAAUAUCAUGAAAAGGGUUGAGCAUGCUGCUGGUAUCUGAGAGAGAGGCUUGUUGAUAACUUGAGAGACAUUUCGUUGAAUAUUCAAGUAAGACUUCAGCCGUGUUGACUAAAUUCCUUCAACUUCAAAAGGCUCGUCGUCAUCUUAGAUACUUACACGGCCUUAACCCCACCAUCUACUUCUGUUAUCAACUACGACGCAAAAGACCAAAAACAUCUUCGCCGCCUCCAUUAUUCGUCCAUUACAUCGUGUAAAGCCAUGGAGAACCAAGACCAAGGGCCGUGGGAGGUCUUCGAGGGCCCCUGCUACGUUGCCCUCACCUACGAUCUCCUCGACGCCUCAGCCAUCAUGAACCGAGUCCGCUCACCACAAGCCGGCGCCAUCGUCCUCUUCUCCGGCACAACACGCGACACAUUCGGCGACAAGCCCGUCAAAGAAUUACAAUACAGCGCCUAUACACCACUCGCCCUCCGCACAAUGAUGUCCAUCGCCAAGGUUAUCCUCGAGAAGCACGGCUUAAAGGGCGUCGCCAUGAUCCACCGCCUGGGAACGGUUCCCAUCGGCGAAGAGAGCAUCUUGAUCGCGGUAUCGUCACCGCAUAGGCAGGCGGCAUGGAGGGCUGGCGAGGAGGCUCUAGAGGAGUGUAAGGCCAAGGUUGAGGUGUGGAAGCGGGAGGAGUUCCAUGGCGAAGAGGGCGUGUGGAGGGCGAAUCGAGACGGGAUUGCUGGGCAGAAGGAGGCUGUUGGGGAUCAGAGUCAUCCAGAAAGCUCUAAUUCAACUGAAAAAUGAAGUCUUAGAAAUUUUAGCAUCAUUUCUUUCAAAAUAGGCAUCGCCUUUGGACAGGUUGCAGGCUGCCAGUAUCCGAAUUGGGGAGUUGGUCAUUGCACGAAAUGAGCUGCUCGCAACUCCAUAUGUGACACCUGCUGGAAAGCUGUGCCACUCGG